UCUUCUGGAAUCCGGACCUCCAGGAACAAGUUUGGGGAUCCCUGAUGUAAAAUUAUCCAUUAAACUGCCCUACCCAACCCUAAAAUCAAGCUUCACUGGAUGUUUUAGGGUAAACUGUUCCUUUAAGAAAAAUCAAAAAUGCCUUACUUGGUGAACAUCGCCCUCUACUGCUAUCCUGACACGACUAAAAGUGCUCCUCGAUGCAUGAUAAUAACUCAAAUCAAAUAAAAAAAAAUCACACGGCACUUUCCCUUCUCAAUUAAAGCAUUAAAAAACAAAACAAACCGGUUACUAAGGCUUCAGUAAUGAGCCACAAAACAUUCAACGGUCAUUCAGUUCAAGCAAUUCCUGAGUGGGCAGUGGCUGGCUGAACCAAACAAAGCUCCUCUGUGACACUUAGUAAACUGCAGCGCUUUCCCUUUAGUAAAUACACGAGGGUGGUUCACUUUUUUCCACUGUUCAUAAUUUAGCAUGUUUUGGGCAAUAAUCAGACAAUGCAGUAGGGUAACAUUUUUUGGGCAGUUUGACAAUACCACGACAUGCUUUAUUUUUGUGAACCACAUGAUGGCGCUGGAUCUUAAAUACAAAGAGCGUCACAUAGUUCAACAGACUGUUUGCAAGGCUGAAGAGAGUGAUUAGUACAAUGAAAUGAAGAGCGAAUGUUGACCUUUCUUCUCAAGAAUUAUUGUGAACAUCCAAUACUACAACGUCAAGUUAGAAACGCUGACACAGCCGUUGUUACCUUUCAUGAAUACAUCAAAUGUGGACGCUAGUUAAGAAAUAGGCUAAAUGAAAAAGAGUUUCCACAAAAUGGUUCAACAAAUAUCCCACAAAACUGCUAAAUAAGGGGUUAUUUUGAAUCCAAUUAGCAUUUAAGAUGGCCAAUGUUGACUAGUUGGAGUAAAGUUGAAAAAUAACAGUUGAAGUCAUAGUUUAAAUAGAUAAAAUUGAUGAGCAUUCUCUGUAAAAAAAAAAAAAAUGUAAAUAAUAAUUAUUUGAAGAAUGUGCACAUGUGCAUUGCCAUGCUCAAACAAGUUUAAUAAAGCAAAUUGAAAGUAACCAGGCAAAUUUCCCGGAAAAAUGAGUCCUAAAAGUUCCAGAUUACUCACCCAUUCAUGUUGUCAGAAAGCUUGGGACCAAGUCGACUAAAGUCCUUUUUAAGGGAGGAUUAACCAGCAUGGAUCUAUCAGAAUUUAUUUAACAAACAUAUUAGGCUACUAAAAGGGCAACGCCAUUAAAUACUUUUCAAAUUGACUCAACUUUUAACUUUUUAACCUAAUCAACUUUUUAAAUUUCAAACACUUCAAUUCAAAUUCAGACUGAAGGUACAGUGACAGUAAAGUACUGGAAUAUGAUUCUUUAGUCCAGCUUGAGCCCACUUGGUAAAUUAAAUAAAUUCAUCACACUGUGGGAUUUGGAUGACAAUAGGUGAGCUUACAACACAAACACAUGCACACAGAUCAGGAAUGUGAAUUAUGUCUUGGUCAGAAUGGGCAGAGUAGAUUGUGAUUGGCUGAGGGGUCUGUCAGCAUCGGGUUUUGAAGCUUGUGGUCAGAUUAGAUGAGAGAAUAAGAGUGCUGUGGUAGUGAAAAGAGGGACUAAGAUAGCAGGAAGAGUUCGCUUUAAAAUCUUGAGAAAAACCGCCAUGACUCUCACUGAGAUUAUCUUCGUCUUGACUGGGACUUGCGCCAUCCUGGUUUUUGGAGGGAAAAUAGCUAGCCUUAUUAUGAUGCUCAUCACGAAGCUCUUCUGUCCUCUUCCUGAGGCUUUUUUCACCUCUCUGGGGAAAUGGGCAGUGAUCACUGGAGGCUCAGAUGGAAUAGGAAGAGCGUAUGCAGAAGAGCUUUCGAAACAAGGGAUGAGUGUGAUCAUCAUCAGCAGAAAUCAAGAGAAGCUUGACAGAGCUGCCAAAAAGAUCGAGCUCAAUACAGGAGGGAAAGUCAAAGUAAUAGCUGCUGACUUCACCAAAGAUGAUAUUUACGGACACAUUACAGAAAACAUCGAGGGAUUGGAUAUUGGCGUGUUAGUGAACAAUGUCGGGAUUCUGCCCAGCCAAAUACCCUGCAAGCUCCUUGAAACAUCUGACUUGGAAGAAAGAAUAUAUGACAUUGUCAACUGCAAUGUAAAGUCCAUGGUUAAGAUGUGCAGAAUUGUACUACCAGGAAUGCAGCAGAGAAGAAGAGGAGUCAUUCUGAAUGUGUCUUCUGGAAUAGCCAAAAUACCAUGUCCCAUUUACACCUUGUAUGCAGCAUCAAAGGUUUUUGUUGAGAGAUUUUCACAAGGUCUUCAAGCUGAAUAUAUAUCCAAGGGUAUUAUUAUUCAGACAGUGGCUCCAUUUGGGGUUUCAACCGCAAUGACAGGACAUCAGAAGCCAGAUAUGGUCACAUUCACGGCUGAGGAGUUUGUGAGAAGUUCGCUGAAGUACCUGAAGACUGGUGACCAAACGUAUGGCAGCAUCACUCAUACUUUACUGGGCAGGAUCGUGCAGUCCAUUCCUACCUGGGUCCUGCAGAGUGAAACAUUUCAGCAUCACUUUCAGGAAUAUGUGAAGAACAGGGACAGAAGAUGAGAGAUGGCAUUCUCCGACUUUAUACUGUAUAUAGUAUUGCACAUUUGAUAUGUGUGUUUCUUUGCACUAAUUAAAACUGUGUGUAAAAAAAAAACGUAAGACUGGAAAAGAAAAAUGACAGGCCUCUGUUUUUCCAUGGUCCUUCAAAAUAUGCUAAAUCAGUGUUGAUAAUGGAAUCAUUAUUAAUGGUAAUCAUAUCAGCAGACUGGAGAUAGAGGAGUAGUACUGACCUUGAUAACAUUAACGGAAGGUCAGUUUCACAAAGGCCAAAUCACAGAGUCAGACAUGUGACCUUGUUGUUGUUUUUAUUAUGUUUUCUUCCAGAUUAGAACGUGUUAAGGCUUAUAUAUUUUCAAACCAUGGUUGCAUUGCAAACAACAUCCAAAAAACACAUAUUUGGCGCCACGCAGUGGUUAAAUUUGGUUAAAUCAUCUUUAAAAGCUGAUGAAAUGAAAUGUAAUAAUUUUGUCAUUACACUGUAAAAACAAAAACAAAACAAAAAAAUAAUAAAAAUAAAUAAAUGGGUUCCACACAAUUAAUUUGUGUUGGGGCAAAAUGAAAAAAAAAUUAAGCUAAGUUAUUAUUAUUAUUAUUAUUUUUAUUUUAUUUUUUUACAAAUUUAAGUUGAUUGAAUAUGAAACAAUUAAGUAGCCAACCCCUCAAAAAUUGUGUUGUUUAAGUUCAAUUUAAAUAGGUAGUAUGAACAAACAGCAAAGUGAAAGCCAGUAUUUUACUUUCAUGUGAUUAAAUUCUCUGUAGCCACUUGAGGAAAAUGCAAACCCUUUUUGUGUAGUUAAUUAUAUUAUUAUUGUAUACCAACAUAUCAUAAAGGAAAAAAGGAUUUGAAGAAUGACAUUAGAAAAAAGAAAUUCUAAAUCACUUGAAAUUUUCAAUGCUAAAUAAAUUUUAUCUACAUUUAAAUAAAUUGGCACUUUUAAAACACAACAUUAAUUAUAACAUGAUAAAGUUAAAUUCUGGCGAUUCAUUCCGCUGUGGCGACUCCUGAUUAAUAAAGGGACUAAGCCGAAAAGAAAAGGAAUGAAUGAAAGUUAAAUAUUAAUAACAUAAAAGUUUCCACCAAUGGGUGUAAUGUUGAAAUAUUCAGUAUACAUUCUGUUGUUGGCUCAAAUAUAAAGACUUUAAUUUUUCUAGUCUUUGAAGUCACAGAAUUAAAUGACUUAUUGAUUCAAAA